AUGGGAUGCGUUCAGGCCAAAGGUGGAUCAUUCACACCUACUAGGAAUCUAGACAGGUUGAAGAACGAAAAUGGAUAUGUUAGAGGUGGCCAUAGUGGCGAACAAAAAGUUAUUGUUGUUGGUUCAAAAGUAGUGCAUAUUAAGGAUUUGAAGAGGGAUUCAAGGCCUCGAGAUAAUGUUAAGAAUGUGGCUGUUGGGAUUAAUGGAGGUGGAGAAGAUAGAAAAAUCAGCAGAGAAGGUGAGAAAGAAGGUGAUCAUGGUGGGAAUGUUUCACGGAGGAUUAUUAUUAAGCAGAUUGCUGGGGAUGAUUUCGUUGAAGGAUGGCCUAAAUGGCUUGUUGAUAACAUUCCUAGAGAUGCUCUUGCUGGCUUGGUUCCAAAGAGUGCUGAUUCUUAUGAUAAACUUGCAAAGGUAGGCCACGGAACAUAUAGCAACGUGUAUAAAGCUCUAGAUAGGGACACUGGAAAAAUAGUUGCCCUAAAGAAGAUCCGUUUCGAUACGUCGGAACCAGAAAGUGUCAAGUUUAUGGCAAGAGAAAUCAUCAUACUGAGGAAGCUUGAUCAUCCUAACGUUAUUAAGCUUGAAGGAUUGGCCACUUCAAGAAUGCAGUAUAGUCUCUAUUUGGUCUUUGAUUUCAUGCAGUCAGACUUGACCAGAAUCAUAUCUCGUCCGGAAGGAAGGCUUACUGAGCCACAGGUGAAGAGUUACAUGCAGCAGCUGCUCUCAGGUCUACAGCAUUGCCAUGAGAGAGGAAUUUUGCAUAGGGACAUUAAAGCAUCUAACUUGCUAAUUGAUAAAAAUGGAAUGCUCAAAAUCGCAGAUUUUGGCCUUGCUAACUUCUAUCAGCCUAAACCAAAGCGGCCCCUAACAAGCCGAGUUGUCACGUUAUGGUAUAGAGCUCCAGAACUUCUUCUAGGUUCUACUGAUUAUGGAGUUGGCAUUGAUCUUUGGAGUGCCGGAUGUCUUCUAGGGGAGAUGUUUGAAGGAAGGCCUAUCAUGCCCGGCAGAAAUGAGAUUGAGCAGCUUCACAAGAUCUUCAAGCUGUGUGGUUCACCUCCAGAGGACUAUUGGAAGAAAGUCAAGCCACCAACAACCUUCAGACCACCUCCACAUUAUAAACCUUGCUUCCGGGAAUCCUUUCCAAAUUUACCUGAUUCGGCGACAGAUCUUUUGGCUACACUUCUGUCUCUUGAUCCAGCAUAUCGUGGAACUGCUACUAGAGCUCUUGAAAGUGAAUUCUUUAAUACGAGCCCAUUAGCAUGUGAUCUUUCUGGUCUGCCGGUGCUGAAAAUCAAGGAGGAUGACCUAUCCCAAUACACUGAUCGCAUAAGGAUCAGGGCUUCAAAAGCAAAGCAAGUGUCCCGCAGAAAUCGUGAAGGGCAUAAAGAAAAGGUCUCAUUCCCUGAAACGGUCAAAGAAGAUUUUGGAUCUUCAAAAGAGCAAGAAAAGCCAGCAGAGAUAAGCUUACAUAGCCAAGAGAUAAUGAAUAGUGCAAGUUGCAGCAGCUCAAGUGCAAAACAAGGAAGGACUCAUGAAAGGUCACCUCCAUCUCCACGUCCAGCUUUUCAUUCUCGGCAAGGCAGAUCUGCGAAGACAGAGGCACAUCCUAAUGCACUCAAGAAUAUCCAGAACUAUCCUCUCCUGCUAGCCUCUCUAACUGAAGCUGCCAGCCGUUUUGAACAGAACAGAUUGAGUCUCAAUCACAGGUCUCUUUCCACAAUGGACUUCAGAAAUCUGGAUACUGAGAAGAUAUCAAAACUCUUUGGCUUGGAGGAUCAGUAAUGCCUGG